ACUCCAACUCCAACUCCACAUCCUGCCUCAUUCAACAAGUAUACAAACACCAUUAUCAACAACUAUAACAACAUGAUAAACAUUGCAGCAUCAACGACGACUGCAACGAUAACUAAAACAGAGCAACUGGAUGCAGUGACAGAACAUUAUAAACCAAAGGCAACGAUUGUUAGCUCGGACAAUGUUGACAAUAUCAAGAGGGCAGCAGAGAAGAUACGCAAUGGAGGUCUGGUGGGAUUCCCCACAGAGACUGUAUAUGGUCUAGGCGCCAAUGCAUUCGAUAAAGAUGCCGUACUUUCAAUCUUCACGGCAAAGGGACGACCUUUGACCGAUCCCGUCAUCGUACACGUCGUCAAUGCAGAGUUUGCCGCGACGUUGCUCGAACUGAGUCCGCGCCAGCGACAGAUAUUCGACAGAUUGGCCACCACCUUUUGGCCCGGUGCACUCACCAUUGUGGCUAAGGCAUCGAGUCUUAUCCCAAUGAUCGUCACUGCACAGACUGGCUUCGUUGGCGUUCGUUAUCCAAUGCACGACGUGGCUGCAUCACUUAUCAAAGAGGCCGGCGUGCCCAUUGCAGCACCAAGCGCCAAUCGAUUUGGCCACGUGAGCCCAACGUCGGCCAUGCACGUGUUUGACGACCUUGGCCAGUCAGACAUCACAAUCCUCGACACAGACAUCCAAUGCAAGAUUGGCAUUGAGUCGACCGUUCUCAAGCUGGUCGACGACGAGAACCUGGUCAUUCUGCGAAAGGGUGGCGUAUCGGAGCGUGCCAUCAAGAGCGCAUUGUCAUGCGAUCAAUUCCAAUCCAUCAGCAUCACGUCGGUCAGCAGAGAAGUGUCCAACACGACGACACAGGGCCAGGAGGCACCAGGCCAGCUUCUCACACACUAUGCACCAGACAUCCAAGCCUACAUCCUCACCGACAUCUUUACAUCAACCUCAUCAUCACAGCAAGACUCCUCCCCAUGCGCCACAUCCAUUCCUCUAUCUCAAUGCGUUUACAUCGACUUUGGCAAUAGCAGUGACACUAGUAUAGUAUCCAAGUUUAUAGCAUACAGAGACUUGUCACCAAACAGUACAAUGUUGGAGGCAGCCAACUGUUUGUUUUCGACAUUGCGCUGGAGUGAGUCUAUAGAUGGUGCCAAGGUGAUUCUGUUGCCAGACCUCCGUGCCGACAAGCUCAAAUCGUUGGAUAACAUCGAUGCCGUAUUCGACAGGAUAUACAGAGCUGCCAGCGGCAAGACAGCACAGCUAGACCUGGUCAACCAGCGAGUGUUAAUA